AUGCCACGUGCUGAAGGCGAUUCUUCUCCAGUCACCAUAUCAUGCACUGAAGCUGUCUGUACUGAGAUGCCCAGUAGGGGGAUGCUAAGUACAUUGGCACGAACAUCGGGCCGUCUGAUCUCCAGACGUGCCCUCUCGUCAGCGGCUCAAAUGGAUGCUCAUGCGCAAGUCAUCGAUGAACAGAAACCAAUGGAAGAGCAAAGCAACCCAUCGUUCUUCAAGAUGGUUGACUACUACUUUGACAAGGGAGCGACCGUAAUUGAGCCAAAAUUAGUAGAAGAGAUGAAGUCGAACUCAAUGAGUCUCAAAGAUAAGAAGAACCUCGUCAGCGGUAUCCUUAAGUCAAUUAAGCCAGUGAACAAGAUCUUGUACAUAACUUUCCCUAUUCGUCGUGACAACGGAGAGUUCGAAGUGAUCGAGGCAUGGCGUGCACAACACUCCGAACACCGCACUCCUACCAAAGGAGGUAUCCGUUACUCGCUUGACGUGUGCGAGGAUGAGGUGAAAGCGUUGUCAGCUCUGAUGACCUACAAAUGUGCUGUUGUCGAUGUGCCAUUCGGUGGAGCGAAGGGAGGUGUGAAGAUCGAUCCGAAAACCUAUACCGAUUACGAGAUUGAGAAGAUCACUCGUCGUAUCGCUAUUGAGUUCGCCAAGAAGGGCUUCCUUGGACCCGGAGUUGACGUACCAGCACCUGACAUGGGAACCGGAGAACGUGAAAUGGGUUGGAUCGCUGACACCUAUUCGCAGACCGUCGGCCAUCUUGACCGAGACGCGUCCGCCUGCAUCACUGGAAAGCCAAUCGUUGCUGGUGGUAUCCACGGACGAGUAUCUGCAACUGGCCGAGGAGUAUGGAAGGGUCUUGAGGUGUUCUGCAAGGAAAAGGAAUAUAUGGACAAGGUUGGACUUGCACCUGGACUAGCAGGAAAGAAAAUUAUUAUCCAAGGUUUCGGUAAUGUAGGAUUGCACACCAUGCGAUACUUGCACAGAGCCGGAGCCAAGAUCAUUGGAGUACAAGAAUGGGACUGCGCAAUUCAAAACCCUGAAGGUAUUCAUCCUAAAGAACUUGAGGAUUGGAGAGACCAGAACGGAACCAUCAAGAACUUCCCCGGUGCCAAGAACUUCGAACCAUUCACUGACCUCAUGUACGAGAAAUGUGAUAUCUUUGUUCCGGCUGCUUGCGAGAAGGCCAUCCACAAAGAAAACGCCAACAGGAUCCAAGCUAAGAUUGUCGCCGAAGCUGCCAAUGGACCUACCACCCCUGCUGCCGAUAAAAUUCUUCUCGAGCGUGGCAACUGCCUCAUCAUCCCUGACAUGUAUGUGAACUCCGGCGGUGUGACUGUAUCCUACUUCGAAUGGCUAAAGAACCUCAACCAUGUCUCUUACGGCAGACUUAGCUUCAAAUAUGAUGAAGACUCCAACAGAAUGCUUCUUCAGUCCGUACAAGAAUCCUUGGAAAAGGCUAUCGGCAAAGAAGCUCCAGUAACACCAAACGACGCGUUCGCAUCCAAGAUUGCUGGAGCUAGCGAGAAGGAUAUUGUCCACUCGGGUCUCGAAUACACAAUGACACGUUCCGGUGAGGCCAUCAUCCGUACCGCUCACAAAUACAACCUCGGCUUGGAUAUUCGUACUGCCGCCUACGCUAAUUCGAUUGAGAAAGUCUACAACACGUACCGAACAUUGGGUUUCACCUUCUCAUAA